GAGGCUCCAUGCUCCAACACUUCAAAACCUGCACAGGAGGUUGCAUUCAGCUCGCAUCAUAAAUUAGUGGCAUUGCCCUUUAAAACAACCACCCAAUUGGACUGAAGCGCGUCCUCUGUGUCGGUUUGGCUGACAGGACGGUGACCGACUGAAGGAGGUUUGGGGAUGCUGCCGGUGCUGUCUCAGUACACGUCGAAUAAAAAGGUAAAAUAUCGUUACGGGGAAAUGUCACCGGUGGGUUUUGUUGUUGUUGUUGUGAGCUAAUGCUCUGCCUGAGGAUGGGAGGGGGUGAGAACAGGUCAGGACGGAAGUCACGUUAACGGUUGUUUUGUAGCGAACGAGCCUGAGCGCAGCUAGCUGUGUGUGGAGCCCAGUGUGCUAACGUUAGCAUGACAGCACAAACAGCGAGACGCUGUGCCGUCCACCCGUGUCUAGUGACAAGUCAGUCCACAGCAGAGGUUACAGAGACUUAACACACUUUCACCUUGUCUUUUACUAAACACCGACGUAGGUUUACUCUUAAAACACACUGCGACAUUCAUUCAGACUAUGAAUGAAACAGUUAACCGGGGUCCAACUGUGUUUUUAAUGACAACGCUGAGGUUAGCGUCUAAUUCGCAGUUGAUUCAGGGAAGGAGAAGGAAACGAGGUCCUAGUCAUUUAAAGUCAUACAUCUAGACAUGUAGAUCUUGACUAGAUUAUCAGAGUCUCUAAACACGCAGUUCCAGGUUUGUGAGAUAACAUGGAGGGGCGAUUUCACUGCUUGUUGUUUAUAAAGACCACACAAAAUCAGGUACUAAUCCAGAAUCGCAAUACUUAGGCUUCUCACAUUUGUGUCUGAAAAGUGUGGGGACCCUUAAUCCAGUCCAGAUUUGAGAAAUCUUGGUUUCCCUAAUCUUCCUUUCACAUCAGCGGAAUCGGAAGCUACAAACACGAUGCUAACUUCAGCGCCGUUUGAGUUGUCAGGGUUUUCCUUCGCUCCGGUGUUAUGCCGUAGAAUGCAUCCCCUUCAUCCCAUCCUCUCAUUAGCUUCUUAAAGUGGAAGAAAAUGAGACAACAGCAGGAGCAGCAAACUUUCGUUCUGUUUUUAUGUGCCUCAAAAAUGCACAUAUCAAGGUGUGCAUGGGUUUGUAAACUGUACAGUUAGCUGUCAAGGUAGAAAAUUUUAUAUUUUUGGGACAGCAAAUAUUCCGAAUCAGAGGGCUUUUGUUUUCUGCUUAUAUGAAUAGCCUAAAUGAAAUCAUUCAAGGCACAUGGUUUUGGUAAGGAAUUAUUAGUUGAAAACGCUUCUCUGGUCUGAGUUAGAUCAGUCGGUCUAUCUGUCAGUGUGAAGAGCAGUAGCCUACAGUACAGUAUAUAUUUAUUAUUUAUAAUUUUUUUAUCAAAUCGUCUGAUUAAUCGGUAAUCGGCUUAUUUUCCCCCUAAUAAUCGGUAUCGGCAUCGGCCCCAAAAAAUCCAUAUCGGUCGGGCCCUACGUGUUAUGUACUUUCAACUGCGCUCCCGUCAGGGGUGCAUUCUACAGCAGGGGUGCAUUCUACGACACAACACCUGUGCCUGGAAAAGGGAAUCAUGAGAUCUCCCCCUGGCAUGAAGUAAGAUUCUAUUUAAAGACACUGUGAGAGAAAAAAAAAACUUAACUCAGCUGAGCUGCUGCGGCGAUAUAUGGGAGCAAAAACGAUCGAGUUACAUCUAGGCCAAAGCUACCCGGUGUUUACAACACUAAUGGGGUUAUGGUGCAUCGUCACCGUCGGGAUAAUAACCAAUCCCCUCGGUCCCCGUCGUGGAGGAGAAGGCGCGUACUGUUUUCCAACCCGCCCUGCACAGCCCUCUGUCUGCCUGCCUGCUCAAGCAUAUGUCAUUUAGCCUGCGCAGGGUGAGUUACACAACCAGUUCGUCAUGCAAAAUAGAAACACGUGUCUGUAGGCGGUGCUGAAAAAUACAGGUUUAGGGAAUAACAGAGACCGGGCUGGCACCAGAAGAGGGACAGACAUUAUUGUAGCGGGGUGUUUUGGUGAUCUUUAGCCUCAAAAGUUGGUGAUUUAAUCAUGCUAUGCGAUCGGACAUGAGAGGUACCGACUCAACAUGUGUCUCCCUUUCAGAGAGGACAAUGAGAAGAACAUGAUCAACGCCGAUGGCUUCUCCAAAUGCGAGGCGACCCUGCAAGACAGAGGUAGGAGGAGGAGACCACCUGCUGAGAUGCUCCAUCUGCUUUCAGCUGUUAUUGUUUGGCUGGUGACCGGGACCACCAUCUCCAGCCUCAACAAAUGGAUAUUUGCCGUUUACAACUUCAGGUACCCUCUGCUGCUGUCAGCGCUGCACAUGCUGACAGCCAUAGUGGUGGACUAUGGGCUGAUCAAACUACAGUUGAUCCGCCACAAAGGCGCUGGAGAGCAGGACUUAACCCCCAGCGCUAAAUGUAAAGUGUUCCUGUUGAGUCUGACAUUUUGUGCCAGUAUCGCCUUCGGGAACAUGGGUUUGAACUAUGUCCAGCUGUCUUUUGCACAAAUGAUCUACACCACCACUCCACUUUUUACCUUGGCCAUCUCCACACUGAUCCUGGGCAAGCAGCAUCAUAUUAUCAAAUACACGGCUAUGAUGCCCAUCUGCCUGGGAGCCUCCUUUAGCAUCAUGGGAGAGGUCCAGUUUGAUCAGACCGGCUGCUUCUUUGUGUUUGCAGCGACUAUGUUGCGAGGCGUCAAGUCCAUCCAGCAGAGUAAGUAGCUUGUUACUUCUUCUCUGUCAUCUGAGUGUGUAUUUACCUUGCUUUGUCCCUUUUAUACUGAGACAUUUUUGAUUAUUUAACUCACAACUUCAAAGACUCAAACGGUUAUUUCUGUGCCAUCCUGGGACACCGCAGCAGUCUGGGAACAAUUUAGUGAUUCAGUGACACACCCACACUUUUAGGUGGCACAUUUUCCUGUUUCCCAGGGAACAUAACACAAACAAAAACUGAGUCCAUGAGUAACAAGGGGCAGGAUUUCCACUCGUCCUGUGACAUGCUUUUGACCGUUUGCAUAUGAUUAGUCUCAGCUCAGAAAGAACAAAUGUUUAGCUCCAGUAAAACACCUUUUUUUUCCAGAAAAGGAGAUGAUUUCUUCUCUCAAACUGAUGUCAUGGGAUUUCACCUUCAUUACUCCUUUUAUCUAAUGUUCUGUGCUCUCAGGGACGAAGUUAAGUAGUUGGUUGGUUUCUGUGUGUAGUGGAUUAAGCUCCGUAACAUCAUUAGUCUCAACAGCAGUUCUCAAAAAAGCUGGAAACAGUAAUGAGUUUCCAAAGAUAUAGAGAGGGGAGGCCUUGUAAGUUAUGUAACACUAAAGCAGAUCUUCAGUUUUACUCGGAAAAAUGUACUGCUGCAUUCUUUGUACCUGGAGGAGCAGAGAGGCACGUCCCACAUACAGAGGCAGUCCUGUGACUGCGGGGUCAUCAGUUUAAAUCCACCAACUCUCAGUGUAGCGGCUCAGUUACCUUCCUACCUACACUGGCUGCAUGUUUUUGAAAGUUGGAAGUUUCUUCAGUAGAUAAUGUGAGAGUUAUAUACACAUAAUGUCAAUUGAGGUCUAGUUAGUCUAUUUUGAAGCAGAUCUAAACAUGAGGUUGACAUCGACCUCCAUGAUGUCGUCUCAGGUGUCAGCAGGCCGUUUUCAUUCCCUCUCGCUCUUGUUAUGAUAGUUCGUUAUGUAGGUUUACUUUUAGUUGACACACUAAAGUCUCGUGUUUUUAUUUGACAGAGGUCAUGCCCUGUGUCUAUAAAUAUUUUUUUAAAAAGUGUUUACAGAGAGUGAGGUUCAAAGGUUUCAUAUCUAUCAUUUUGAUCAGGUAUUCAGAUAUACAGACAUAUUACAGGUAGCUAUUCAAACCUAAGUUUUACAUAGUUAUCUUCCUUAUACGUGUAAAUGGGCAGCUUGUCUUGAACUCUUGUGUUUGUAACAUGUUUUCUCCUUUUUCUCUUUGAACUCAGGUAUCUUGCUUCAAGAGGAGAAAAUCAACUCUGUGUUCCUGCUCUACCUGAUGUCCAUUCCCAGUUUCUGCAUCUUAGCUGUGGCGGCUCUGGCUUUAGAGAACUGGGCCAUGCUGGAGUCACCGCUGCAUUACGACCGCCACCUGUGGGUCUUUAUCCUUCUCAGCUGCCUGGGCUCAGUCAUGUACAACCUGGCGAGCUGCUGCGUCAUCACGCUCACUUCGGCCGUCACUCUGCAUAUCCUUGGCAACUUGAGCGUGGUGGGAAACCUGCUGUUGUCUCAGCUGCUGUUUGGCAGCGAGUUGUCCACCCUCAGCUGCGCCGGCGCUGUGCUGACCCUGUCUGGCAUGCUUAUCUAUCAGAACUCAGAGUUUAUCGUGAGCUUUCUAGACGCACGGAGAGCCAAAGCGAAAGAAUCUGAACAUGUGGGUUUUCACGCCGUAAGCGGAGAGGACUUGGAUAAAGGUUGUUCAUCUGAAACGUAUCAUCAGCAGAGAACGGACAAGAAACAGGAAGACAAGAUUGAUUGAAGUGAAACGAUGAAGGAGAGAAUAAAAUGUUGAAAGUUAAUGUGAUAAGUGUCUUGUCAGGAAGAGAAGAGGACAAGUGUGGCCAUCGCCAGUGAUGAUCAUGUUUUUUUUUAGUUUACCUCCUUACCGUGCCAUUUUAUUUCCCCGUGGUCACACAGACGUGGAGUCAGCAGAGACGGAAGGUUGCCUUUAACUGUUAUAGUGGCGUUGAAAUUCUCUCCUUCAUCUGUAAAUCCCUUACAACAUAGCCUAUAGCGGUAUAUGCAUGCAUGAGCACACUUAACUGUUUGGUACCUCAUGAGGUAUUCACACUGACACUCAUACUACUCCACUGUGAAAAUGUUCUCAUUUACAGAGGGCUCGAAUCACUGUUUGGGUGGCUUUUGUGGAUAUUCUAGGCUGAAGAGAGCCUCAAAUCUGAACGCACACUUUGUAUUUUAGAAAUACAGUAAGUUAAUGGUACUGUUACCUGAACUGACCUGGCCCUGUCAUGGUAAACAGACUGGGUUUUUGGCAGCUUAUUCUUGCUAAAUGAAGUGGGAAGCUUGUUGAAUAAAAAAAAAAAAAUGGACUGCUGAAGUUACAAUGACAAACAAAGCCAACAUUUCUGUGCAAUGAGACGCCUCUUUUCCUCUACUGAAGCACAUUUUUAAUAAGAGGUCUGAACUCUGUGUUUUGUCCUCCCUUAAGAACCUCAGCGUGGCUUCCCACUUAAGGGGCCUAGAUUUUUGUUCUCAUACAGCUUGAAAAAAAAGAAAAGCUCUCUGUAGAAUUAGUCCAGUUAUUUCCAUCCUUCACAACAUGGCGCUCGCUGCAGCGUUCCUUCAUAAUUAGGUUCACGAGUUCUCUAAGGAGGGACACUCAACUUUAGCCGUCUUUCCCCUGUGGAAAAGAAGAAGAGAAGAUUGAAAAGCCCUUAAAGGUUGCUUCUUAUAUCCAUACCAAUGUCAGCAGUUACACUGAUGUCAUCUGUUACAUUGACUUUCUCUUCUUUCGUGGGUAACAUUUGAAAAAGUGAGCUAUCUUGAGCAGCUUAAUCCUGCUGGGCAGUGUUAUAGUAUGUGCUCGUACAGUAUUUGGAAGCAUUUAAUUGACAUGAUUUUAUUUUUGUAAAAAAAUAUAUUUUACCCCAUUUUUAUUAUUUAUGUAGGAGAACAUAUUUAUUUUUUGAACGGCCACAGCAAUCACUGGCUUUGUAAAGAUGUAGACGUGGUCCUCAUGUGUCUUGUACAUGCACACAGGUUACAUAAGUGAGAACUAGUUUCUCCUGUCCUCUGUUUUCAGUCUUUGGAGAAGAGUCAGAAAAACUGCAUGCACAUGUCACUGAGAGCAUUUAGGAUGAGCCUGGAUGUCUGUUACCGACCGUGCACUCCCCUUUCUGCAUGGUAUGCCAAAUGUUUACUUUGUGAGCUUUUUUUUUUUUGUCACGUUUGGUUCCGUUCAUGUAGAAACAUGUCUUUCACUUCCACUUGGAGCUCUCAUAACACAACAAACAACAAAGCCAUACAUCAGGCGCCUGCCACAUUAAAAACAUUUUGCCAUAAAAAUAAUUGCCUUUUAGAUCAUAUACAGAAAGACUUAAUGUAUCACAGAUCUGAUAUUUCAAGGGUGCCACUGAUCAUUAUUAGUUGUAAUUUUAGUUAUCAGGGCUCGGUUACGACUAGUGCAAGAACAACUCAAACAUAUUUAUUAGCGAUUCUAUAAAUGGAUUUGUUGGUUCAAUAUUUUCAGAAUGACUAAAGUUUCAGUUCUCUUUACUCACAAGUUUUGAUAUCAUGUACAGCAGCUCAUUUCUCUGUUCUUACAUUUUUUUGAUACCUCAGCUGACAGUUCAGACUCGGUAUAUUCCCUCAUGUUUAUGGACUCUUUACGUACGGUCUGAGUUUGAGCAUUUUCUUUUUAGCAUCCGCAUAACACUGCAGCACAUGAAUGAUUUUAAUUUUACUGUGUUCAGUUGAGAACAUGAAAUAUUCUCGGUUUUAAAAUAUCUGUACAAACUUGUUGAAGUUGGUGGGCCUAACUCUUGAACUGAUGCAGUACAGAAGCCCGUCCUCAAAGCCUAUGGUUCCUGUGUACAUACUUGUUUUGAUUGUUUGCAAAGCUAGUUUGGUGUAAAUAGUUAUUUUAUUAUAUUUAUGUAUUUUAUAGUCAUAUAUGGUUUAAACUGUGCUGGUGUAAGAAUGAAGCAUUUGCCUCAUGCCUUAUUUGGACAAACUGUAGAAAGGAGUGAUUUGAUUCAUGAUUCAUUUUGUCAAAUGUUUUGGUUUUUACUCUCAGUGCGAACAGUCAGCAGCCUCAAGUGCGUCUGUUACAGGAGGAGGAUAUGGAUGAAUCAUUUACACAUGACCUGCAGCUGCUUGAAUUUAAAGAAAAAGAAAAUCACAGACUGGUCAAAUAAACAAUAAGCAAACAACAAACUUUUUGUGGAGUCAUU